GGCUCGGAGCACCGGCUGUGGUGGGCUGUUUGUCUGCGCAAAGCUGGCAUGGCCUCCCAUUCCCCCGCAUCUGUUCCCCAUUAGCUGAACCGAGAGUAUAAAGAAGGGCGCUGACAUAGCUGGGACCACUGCAGCAGCUGCCUGGAUCAUGGGGCUUCCUAUCUGGAUGUGCGUGCUCUGCCUGCAGGCCGGCCUGCUCUCACACGCCCUCAGCAGCUCAGGGACGACCCGGAAUGAGGACCGUGUCAAAGGGCAGACCGUGGGGGAUCAGCGUGGCGCGCUGAGGCAGCCGAGGGCUGCGGCUGGUGUUCCCAGAAGGACGGAGGACACGGGAGUUGAGAGUGUUCCCCCGAUGUCGCACCCCAUGAGACGUAAAAGAGAGCUGGACCCAAGCGGCCACCCCCACCUCAGCUCCUCCAGCUUGCCCGGGGCCGUGUCUGUCAAAGGCUUCCCCAACACCCUCAUCCAGGCGGAGAGGUCCAGGAGACACCUGCCUCAGCCUGGGAAUAAGAAGAAGAACAAGAGGAAGUCCCGCGUUGGCUCUUUCUCCCUCCUCAGCAGCAACAAACUCUCCGGCCCCCUACAGGUCACCAGAGCCCGGAGGCAGGUGAAGGGCAAGCUGAGUAAAAAGGGACACUCACACCGCUCCGGGGCAUACUCAGUUCUGGGGGAUCCCCAGAGUGAAGAAGAGAGCGACAGAGUGAAGAGGAGCGUGCAGAAGAGGAGGACUGCCAAGAGAAACCACUGCUAACAUAACACACACUUUCCUCCUUCUUUUGCAAAGACUGGACCUGGAUGUCCUCCGCAGGGUGUUGGCCAGAUUUGACUACGUUUAGGAUGUACCAAACCCAGCUCAGAUUGUUGUCUUCCUUUUUUCCCAAGGCUCCCUUUUGAAAAUGGCAGCGGCCAUUUGAGGAGCUCCUGCUGCGUGCGUCUCCUCACCGUUUCAACUGUAUGUUAGCUAACUUUUAUACGUCUGGAAAUGUAUUGACACUAUUUAGUUUAUAUAUUAUUUCAAGUUUUUAAUAUAUACCUGCAUGACAUGAAGAUCCCAUUUCUUUGGGUCCGCCAUCUUGUAUUUUGAGCAGAGAACCCGUUUCCUCUUCCGUGAACUCAGGAUUUGAGAUGGGGGGUGUAUAUUUUUGCAGAAAUGUAACUUUGACACAAGUGCUUAUUCGUAUCGGAUUUAAAUAAAGACUUAGAUGAGA